CCCACCGGUCCUAUUUCGCCGUUGCACACAUUUAGAAAGUGCUGCGCAAGGAAUACUCUACAAACCUCACAAUAUUACAGUUAGUGUGGCGAGGUCGACUGCGAUGGCCAAGCUCGAGGGCUUCGAGUUCUGGAGGAAGACCCUGAAGGAGGCCCGCUUUGUGGUGGCACCCAUGGUGGACCAGAGUGAGCUAGCCUGGCGCCUGCUGAGCCGUCGGCACGGCGCCCAGCUCUGCUACACCCCAAUGCUGCACGCCCAGGUGUUUGUUCGGGACGCCAACUACAGGAGGGAAAACCUCUACAAUGAGGUGUGUGAGGAGGACCGACCUCUCAUCACACAGUUUUGUGCCAACGAUCCAGAGGUGUUCCUCAAGGCCGCUCUGCUGGCCCAGGACUACUGCGAUGCCAUCGACCUCAACCUGGGCUGUCCGCAGAUGAUCGCUAAGAGAGGGCACUACGGAGUUUUCCUACAAGACGAGUGGGAGCUGUUAGAGAAAAUGGUCAGGUUAGCGCACGAAAAGCUGUCAGUACCCAUCACAUGCAAGAUCCGUGUGUUCAACGAGCUGGAGAGGACGGUCCACUACGCCCAGAUGCUGGAGAAAGCUGGGUGCCAGCUGCUGACGGUGCACGGCCGAACCAAAGACCAGAAAGGCACCAUGACGGGCAUCGCUAACUGGGAGCACAUCAUGGCAGUACGGAAGGCAGUAAAUAUUCCAGUGUUUGCAAACGGCAACAUCCAGCACCUUAGCGACGUGGAGCGCUGCAUUCAGGAGACGGGAGUGCAGGGAGUCAUGAGUGCAGAGGGGAACCUCCACAACCCGGCGCUGUUUGAAGGAUGCAGCCCCCCAGUUUGGGAGAUGGCGGAGGAAUAUCUGGAGGUGGUGAAGCAGCAUCCGCCCUGCACUCUGUCCUACGUACGAGCACACCUCUUCAAGCUCUGGCACCACACGCUACAGAUCCACCAGGACCUGAGAGAGGAGCUGGCCAAGGUGAAGAACAUCGAGGGUUUGGCCGGCGUCAGCAAACAGCUGAGGCUGCGCUGCCAGGAGGAGAUCGCCAAAGGAAAGGACGCGGAGGAGAAGCAGGGCGGCCUUCCGUUCCCACAUUGGAUCUGCCAGCCGUAUGUCAGACCACCGCCAAAGGAUCCGGUCGCCAACGGCAACAGCGAGGGCCCAGAGGUGAAGAAGACGGUGUGUCAGAAGAGGGCGCUGGAGGACUCGGACGCAACGGCCGACACGCUCUCCAAAAACAAGCAGAAGAAGAGAUCCCGAAACCCCUACAAGAACUUCAGUCCCGAGCAGAAACCAAAGUACAUCAAGUGUGAGCAGUGUGGGAACCCAAAGGGAAAUAAAUGUGUCUUCAACCUGUGUCGAGGUUGCUGUAAGAAGAAGGCCUUCAAGGAGGUGGCCGACUGUCCAAGCCACGGGUUGAGGUUCAAAACCAGGGCAGAGAAACAGAAGGCUGAGGAGGACGGAAAGGAGGAGCACGGGAGGAAGGAGGGCUCGGAGACGGAGAGAAGCCUUGGCUGCAGCUCUCCUCGGCCCCUCUCAGAUCCAAGUACAGAGACACCGCUGCCACUAUGAGCAGGACUAAGGCUGUCUCUACAUGCACAAACCAUACUCUUGUUAAUACAGCACUCGGCUGUCACAUGUCAAAGAGACCUACCUGGGUGACACUGAGCCGUUUUCAUUUCAUUACUCUGAAGAUCGGACAAGUUAAUGUACUCUAAACAUUUUUUAUGUCAAUAUGACAUCACGAUGUCACGGUAAAUCACCGCUGCCAGGCUGCUGUGUGGACAAUGCUUUGAGUAAUUUAUUUUGGAGGAUAAUUGAAAAUGAGGUAACAAGGUUAGUGUGUGCAUGUAGAGGUAGCCAUUUCUUAUUCAGGACGAACAGAAUAGACUGCUGCUAAGCAACCUGGGUAAGGAAGAGACUCUCUGUUUGGAUGGACGCCGAUCAGCAGACCAAAACAUACUACAAAAACAUCUCUUUUUUUUUUUAUGUGAUGUGGAUUAGUUUGGGAUUUCUUUUUUCUCUUUUUUUUUUUCUGAUUGGACAGUUUGAAAGUCAUCUUUUAUUUUGAAGUCAAAGAUCUAAUGAGACGUUCCAACAUCAUUUCGCCAAAUUUGUUUGGGUGAAGUAAAGUUUGCCUGCAGUGCAUUGACGUGUAUGUGCCUUUUCCAUGAGACGUACCGCUGCCUAUCCAGAUAUGAACUUGGAACAAAAUGUAGAGCGAGAUCAAUGUCGAAAAACAAAGACAUGCUCAGUUACUACGCAGCCUAUUUAAAGGUGCUACCUGUGUAAUCAUUCAUGCACUGGUUUUUUUUUUUCCUACCCUGCUUAUCAAAGUAAUUUCUGUAAGUGUUUAGCCUAGCUUAGCACAAAUACUAGAGGCUAGCCUAGCCCUAUCAAAAGAGAUUCUUGAGUAGCUUGCUUACUAACAAGACAAUUACAAGAUAUUUACUUUACUGUAAUGGAAGCUAGCUGUUUUCAUGUGAUUGUGGUCUUUGUGCUAAGCUAGCCUCUCAUCUGAUUUCAGGCCCUGUGAAAACUAGCUUUUCAUAAAGAAGUGUUCCUCUGACUUUUUGGGGUUUUUGAAUAUUUAAUAUCACAAAGUUAGUGAGAACUCGUGUUAAGGUUAAGGUUAUUAACUAAACUCUGACACUCAGUUAAUCUGCGUCAUCAGGACAAGCGCGGGUGUUGAAUCCUGAUUGGUGCGCGGAUGUUGCUGACAUCACUGUUUGUCAGUGUAGCCCUGCUUUCAUUAAACCAGUGAGAGGAGCACAGACGACAACAGAAAAUGCAGGUAGGAACUACUCUGAGCCUUUAAACCUGCAGUUGCUAACUUAUAUUAAAACCACUUUUUAUCAUAUUUGUUCAAACUGUCAAUAUAUCCCUACAGAAGUACACAAGACAUAUAA